AUGCAGAAUUGGGGUGCUCCUCCCGCAUUCGGCGGGAAGGGCAAGGCGCAGCCAGUCUACGGAAAGGCCAAUCCUGUUCCAGCUCGACCUGCUGGCCCUUACGGAGACAGGGGAAAUGCUGGAAAUGCUGAUGAUUGGGAUUCCUCACAAUGGGGGAGUCAACAGUUUGCACCUAUGGCUGCAAUGAUGGCCAUGAUGAUGGCGGGUGGGUUCCCUGGUGGCAAAGGAAACCAGGUCAAGGGGGAUCCUAAGUUCUUGGUAUACGUGGCCAACAUAGACUGGAAGGCCACGUGGCAGGAGCUGAAAGACCAUAUGAAGCAAGCAGGCACUGUUGAAUUUUGCUCCAUCCUCACGGAAGAUGGGACCGACUGGGGCAGGUCGAAGGGCAUGGCUUGCGUACGAUAUGCGACGGUUGAAGAUGUAGCCAACGCAGUGGCGACCUUAAACCAGUCCGACUUCAAAGGUCGACCGAUAAAGGUGGACCAUUGGACGAGCAAGACGGCGAGCGUCUGA